AUGUUCACCGGCGGAGACCUCCUGUGGUGGAUGUUGGUCUUGUUCCUAUGCUGCCGCUUGUGGUCCUUCUCCUCCCCAUCCCUGAUUGCCGCCACGGAGGAGCGCGUCGUCACCCAUCUCCCCGGUUUCCAGGGACCCCUCCCCUUCGAGCUCCGAACAGGGUAUGUGGAGGUGGACGAGCACAAUGGCGUCCGCCUCUUCUACUACUUCACCCCCUCCGAGGGCUCCCCCGCCGACGACCCGGUCAUGCUCUGGCUCAGUGGUGGCCCCGGAUGCACUUCCUUCACCGGCCUCGUCUACCAGAAUGGCCCUCUCAGUUUCAACAUUGACAGCUACAUGGGUGGCCUGCCUAGGCUGGUGUACAGACAGGAGUCCUGGACCAAGGUGAGCAAUAUCAUUUUUCUUGAUUCCCCGGUUGGAACUGGAUUUUCAUACUCUGUCAAAGAGCAAGGAUACAGUUCAAGUGAUACCAAAGCUGUCAACCAAAUUCUCAUCUUUCUCAAGAAGUGGUUUGAUGAGCACCCAGAGUUGCUGUCGAAUCCACUUUACAUUGGCGGUGAUUCAUACGCUGGUAUGAUUGUGCCUACCGUCACCUCUGAAAUUGCUAAGGGUUUGAAAAUUGUUGGAAGUGAACCUGCUAUGAAUCUAAAGGGCUACCUUGUCGGCAAUCCGUUCACAGAUUUUCCAAACUUUGAUGAGCCAUCAAAAAUUCCAUUCGCUCAUAGGAUGGGUCUCAUAUCUGACCAAAUGUACGAGGCAUACAAAAAGAGUUGCCGUGCAGGAGGCAGCACGCACCAAAACAUUCAGUGCAGAAACAGUCUUAAUGCCAUAGAUGAGUGUGUCAAGGAUAUAUCUGAGUUUCACGUUCUGGAGCCCAACUGUGCUUAUGCAAGCCCUCACCAAUACAAUGUUCUCAAGCUGAAGACGAGUUCAGGUGUUCAGAAGAUGCAGCAGCUACUAGACUCCACUACAGAAGGGCUUCACUUGUCUGAGAUUUCUACACAGUGCAGAACAAUGCUCUAUACACUGUCCAGAUUAUGGGCAAACAAUGUCACAGUUAGGGAGGCUCUUGGGAUUCACAAGGGAACAGUUCCCCUAUGGUUAAGAUGCAACAAGGGCAUAACGUAUUUGAAAGAUAUUCAAAGUUCAGUGAAGUACCAUUUGGAUGUGACCACCAAAGGAUACAGAAGUCUAGUUUACAGUGGUGAUCAUGACAUGGCUGUACCUUAUAUUGGCACACAAUCCUGGAUUAGGUCCCUUAACUUCUCUGUUGUGGAUGACUGGAGACCAUGGUAUGUUGAUGGGCAAGUUGCAGGAUAUACAACGUUGUACUCAAAUAACCUCACAUUUGCAACGGUGAAGGGUGCUGGGCAUACUGCUCCAGAGUACAUGCCAAAGCAAUGCCUUGCUAAGCUUUCAAGGUGGCUUGCUGGUUUUCCCCUUUGA